UAGAAGUUAAGUACUUACAAACUCGUCGAUUGAUACUUUCUGUUAUCAUUCCGAACUUAACUAUAAAUGGAAUAUAUACAUGUUUCAGUUUAGUACAACACCAAAAAGAAGAUGACAGUGGACGAAGAAGAGCCCGCUAGCCCAGGUGCCCGAUUAAUGCAGACGCCGGGCUUCGGCAUCUGUAUAUACGCAAUCAUGGGUUACAUGACCAUAAUCGAUAUCGAUUUAUUCAAGAAUGAGUUGGUGCAAACCCUCGUUAAACAUCCUCGUUUCUCCAGCCUCCUCGUAAGCACGUUGUUCAAUUUCAUAAUAUAUAUAAUUUAAUUUGUAUUGAGUAAUGAAUUUUUUAUUUAUUUUCUUUUCGUGUAUGAAUUUAUUAAAGAUUGAAAAGGAUAAGAGGCUUGGUAAGUAUUCGUGGAAACGAACGAAAGUAGACAUUGAAAAGCACGUAUUUGCUCCGGAAUUGGAUCCGGACAUGGAAUCGCCCGAUGAAUUCGUGGAGAAAUUCGUGUCGGCUCUAUCGAGACAAACACUGGACCCCACAAAGCCACUUUGGGAAAUCCACAUUCUAAAUGUGAAAACAUCGGACGCAAAUUCGACCGCGGUUUUCAAGAUUGACCAUUCGAUAGGCGACGGCGUGUCACUAAUUUCCCUAGUCCUGGCUUGUGCUGCCAUGAGGAGGAGUAGUAAUAACCCCGGAGUCGAAUAUUUACCGGUUAUGCCAUCCAAGAAACAAAAAACCAAUAUUGGAAUAUUGGUGGUGAUGAAGAGGUUAUUCUUGUCUUUUUGGACAGGAUUUUUGAUUAUUUACUACACAUUGAUUGAUUUAAUAAUGGUUUUGGCAACAAUGUUGUUUCUCAAAGACACGAAAACUCCCAUCAAAGGAGAAAGAGGGGUCGAAAACUCUCCCAAGCGAUUUGUUCAUCGGAUUUUCGAUCUCGACGAUGUUAAGCUUGUCAAGAAUGCAAUGCACGUGAGCGUUAAUGAUGUUUUGAUGGGCGUAACAGAAGCUGGUCUCAGUCAUUACCUUAAUACCAGAUACGGCAUUUCUUUUAACCUCAGGCCAUCACCUUCAGUUAAGGAUUUGAUUGAGGUUAUGGAUGAGAAGAGGGAAUUAAUGGGAAUGUGGGGAAAUUUGGUAGGAAUUGUCCUUGUACCACUAACAAUUGCUCUGGAAGACGAACCCUUAGCUUAUAUACGUAGAGCUAAGUCAACUAUGGAUCGAAAGAAGCUAUCACUUGCACCCCAUUGUAUUUACGUGCUACUCAAGCUACUCAUCAACUUUUUUGGAACAAAGGUAUUUCAUUUUUUUUUUUUUUUGUCAUUCUUAAUUAGUAGCUCCUCCAUUUUAAUAUAUUAUGAUACACAGGCAGCUGUUCUAGCAGCGAAGAAUGUUUCCUACAAAACUACAGUUGGUUUCUCAAAUGUGGUCGGCCCAAAGGAAGAGACCAAUUUAUUUGGUCAUCCUUUGUCUUACAUUUCUCCAACUGCUUCUGGCUUUCCUCUAGCAUUGGUUAUCAAUUACCAAAGCUACGGUAAUAAGCUAGUAAUUGCGGUCGCUGCCGAUGAAAAAUUGAUUCCAAAUCCUCAUCAAAUUUGCGAUGAUUUGCAUAACUCACUUCAAGUUUUCAAAGAGGCUGUAAUAAAAAAAGGGCUUGUCCAGGACGCCUCUUAUCUAUGCUGAUAUUUUCAUUGUAAUUUGUAAUUUGUACCUCCAAACUCUACAUUAAAUUAAUUACGAUGUCAAAUAAAUUGCGAUUCAAUACAGUUUGCACCUUUAGACCAUAGGGGUUGUGAUGUCUACUCCCUUGAAGUAACAAAUGUAACAGUUGUCCCCUUCAAGUAUCAAAUGUAAUACGUAACUCCCAUCAAUUAAUAAAUUUAUGGGGAAAUGUGGGUUAACCCCCUAGUUUUGAAAAUAUAUAGGAAUAGGUCCUAUGUAUUUUUCUUGUCUAGUCAAAAACCCAAUUUCUAAACUUAAUUUGAUAGACCCCCUAGACAAAUUAAAAUACCCAUUUUGCCCUUUAGUUAUAAUUUAAAACCCUAACCUCUAAUCUUUUUCUCCCACUUCCUCCCCUUUUUUUUUGUGCGGUCAACUCCUUAUCCACUCUCUCUCUUCAUAUCUCU